UAAAAGCCUCAAAUCCUCAUUUACCAACGUGCAGUACCAGUCACCGCCGUAGGUGGCGUUCUGUUUCCCAGCAUGCAUUGUAGGAACCCUGCGUCAGAUAAACGCCGCCAUGCCGAAGUACUUCUGUGACUACUGUGACACAUACCUCACACACGACUCACCGUCGGUGAGAAAAACCCACUGCAAUGGCAGAAAGCACAAGGAGAAUGUGAGAGUGUACUACCAGAAAUGGAUGGAGGAACAGGCACAGCAGCUCAUCGACCAGACAACGGCUGCCUUCCAGGCGGGGAAAAUCCCAAACAACCCUUUCCCUAACGCCGCCGGGCAGGUGGGCAACGAACCAGGGGCUAAGGUUCUGCCCCCGGCUAUUCUGCAAGCCGCUGCAUUCCAGGCGGGCAAGAUCGCCAGCAACCCCUUCCCCACCAGCCAGGCCGGACCAGGGCCCCAGGGAGGGGGCACCAUGAUCCCCCCACCCCCCAGCCUUCAGGGCCCUGGGGGCCCGGGUAGCGCGCCUGCCCCGCCCCGCAUGCCCGGGCCGCUACUCAUGACGCCACCGCCGGGAGCUGCCGCACCGGGAAUGGCGCCACCUGGCGCUCCAAUUUGGCUUGUGCGUCACAAGACUGGAAUGAUUGCAAAACCCGAAGCCUUGCCUCAGCCUGCCAGAGGACCCAUUUUAUUGGUGCCAGCCGGAGCCGUCAGACCUCAGAUGUCGGUAGGAGCGGUCAUGGGGCCCAGAUUAUGUAAGCAUUCCUACCAUAUUAACAAGGCCCUUUUCUUAAUUAAAAUUCAUACCCUACAAAAGGCCACUCAAAGUCAACUAGUUGUUUAUAAGACUGUUGAAAAAUCUAAAUAAGCACAGGAAAAAAGU